AUGUUCUCCCUCUCUCAUCAUGAAGCUGUGUGGCAGGAGCUGCAGCUCUCUCAUCAUGAAGCUGUGUGGCAGGAGCUGCAGCUCUCUCCUCAUGAAGCUGUGUGGCAGGAGCUGCAGCUCUCUCAUCAUGAAGCUGUGUGGCAGGAGCUGCAGCUCUCUCAUCAUGAAGCUGUGUGGCAGGAGCUGCAGCUCUCUCCUCAUGAAGCUGUGUGGCAGGAGCUGCAGCUCUCUCAUCAUGAAGCUGUGUGGCAGGAGCUGCAGCUCUCUCCUCAUGAAGCUGUGUGGCAGGAGCUGCAGCUCUCUCCUCAUGAAGCUGUGUGGCAGGAGCUGCAGCUCUCUCCUCAUGAAGCUGUGUGGCAGGAGCUGCAGCUCUCUCCUCGUGAAGCUGUGUGGCAGGUGCUGCAGCUCUCUCAUCAUGAAGCUGUGUGGCAGGAGCUGCAGCUCUCUCCUCAUGAAGCUGUGUGGCAGGAGCUGCAGCUCUCUCCUCAUGAAGCUGUGUGGCAGGAGCUGCAGCUCUCUCAUCAUGAAGCUGUGUGGCAGGUGCUGCAGCUCUCUCAUCAUGAAGCUGUGUGGCAGGUGCUGCAGCUCUCUCAUCAUGAAGCUGUGUGGCAGGAGCUGCAGCUCUCUCAUCAUGAAGCUGUGUGGCAGGAGCUGCAGCUCUCUCAUCAUGAAGCUGUGUGGCAGGUGCUGCAGCUCUCUCAUCAUGAAGCUGUGUGGCAGGUGCUGCAGCUCUCUCAUCAUGAAGCUGUGUGGCAGGUGCUGCAGCUCUCUCAUCAUGAAGCUGUGUGGCAGGUGCUGCAGCUCUCUCAUCAUGAAGCUGUGUGGCAGGUGCUGCAGCUCUCUCAUCAUGAAGCUGUGUGGCAGGUGCUGCAGCUCUCUCAUCAUGAAGCUGUGUGGCAGGUGCUGCAGCUCUCUCAUCAUGAAGCUGUGUGGCAGGAGCUGCAGCUCUCUCAUCAUGAAGCUGUGUGGCAGGUGCUGCAGCUCUCUCAUCAUGAAGCUGUGUGGCAGGAGCUGCAGCUCUCUCCUCAUGAAGCUGUGUGGCAGGUGCUGCAGCUCUCUCAUCAUGAAGCUGUGUGGCAGGUGCUGCAGCUCUCUCAUCAUGAAGCUGUGUGGCAGGUGCUGCAGCUCUCUCAUCAUGAAGCUGUGUGGCAGGAGCUGCAGCUCUCUCCUCAUGAAGCUGUGUGGCAGGUGCUGCAGCUCUCUCCUCAUGAAGCUGUGUGGCAGGAGCUGCAGCUCUCUGAUCAUGAAGCUGUGUGGCAGGUGCUGCAGCUCUCUCCUCAUGAAGCUGUGUGGCAGGAGCUGCAGCCCUCUCAUCAUGAAGCUGUGUGGCAGGAGCUGCAGCUCUCUCAUCAUGAAGCUGUGUGGCAGGUGCUGCAGCUCUCUCCUCAUGAAGCUGUGUGGCAGGUGCUGCAGCUCUCUCCUCAUGAAGCUGUGUGGCAGGAGCUGCAGCUCUCUCAUCAUGAAGCUGUGUGGCAGGAGCUGCAGCUCUCUCAUCAUGAAGCUGUGUGGCAGGUGCUGCAGCUCUCUCCUCAUGAAGCUGUGUGGCAGGAGCUGCAGCUCUCUCCUCAUGAAGCUGUGUGGCAGGUGCUGCAGCUCUCUCAUCAUGAAGCUGUGUGGCAGGUGCUGCAGCUCUCUCAUCAUGAAGCUGUGUGGCAGGAGCUGCAGCUCUCUCAUCAUGAAGCUGUGUUGCAGGGCAAGGCGUCAGACGACAUCGUCAGAGAGUGCGGCCUCCAGGUGCACCAAGCCCCACAAGCUAUCACAUACCUAGACGCCGCCGAAGAAAAGUUCACCGUUGAUCGCCAAGCAUCGAUGGAACUGACUGUUCUAGGGAAGACAUCAACCGUUGACGCCUUAAUUGACAACAACGAAGAUAUUAUGAUCCUGGGCAUGGACUUUCUCACAGGGUUGGAGAUAACUUUUGUAGGCAUUAAUAAAAUCAUCACCAACGAGUUGGACCCCUGA